AUGGUUAGAACGGUGUUUUCUCCUGAGUACUGUCUCCAGUAUUUAGAACAAUUAGCAACUCGCGAAAGUUUUGUAUUGGGUUUAAUAUUAGGACAGAUUACAGAAGCACGAGAGAAUGUAGUCCAUUUGGCUCGUACACCGGAAGAGAAAACAAGUGAUAGUACUUCCGAAGUAAGUUAUACACCUGAAAAACUUGAACCUGUUCGUAAUUUACUGGGAGUCUCCGAAGCUUGGGUUGCUGAUCAUGCUAAACAUGUUACAAGAAUGUUGCCUGGGGGACUAUUCGUCCAAGGAAUUUUUAUAACCAGUGAUGAAGACAUAUUUGAAGAUCCUAAUUAUUUUAGCAAAGUGAAAUCUAUAUUAAACUUUACACAUAAAGCAUUAAGUGUUAACCAAUAUAUGUAUGGGAAUUGUCCUAACUUGAAUGAGAAAUUGGUGUUGCACAUGUCAACAAAUACUAAAGUACUGACAUGUAAAAGUGUUGAUGUGGGAUCAGGGAAGACUACAUCAAUAAAACCUGUUGAAUGGAAAUUUUUACCUAAGACACAGCAAUGGCAAAGAUUAGACUGUUAUUAUGAGUUUGAUGAAGUCUAUCCGGUCAUAGUCAAAAAGAGUGGUAUAUCUGUGAAAGAACAGUUCCAACAAAUUUUGGAAUCUGCACAUAAAACAAUCCAAUCAAGUGUCAUGUUUAUUGAUGGUGAAUUAAAAGAUGGAUCUGAGGCUCUAGAGCAACUUGUGAAAAAGAAGAAACCUAAGGGCAGUGGUAAAUCUGUCCAGGAUGCACCGAAAUCAAUGCAUGUUUCUCUUUUUGUGCCUUUUGAAAACAGUCUUCCAGAAACAGUAGAAUAUUUGGAAUGUGAUGGAAGUAUACACUUCAGUGGUGUAGUCUCGUCCAGUGUGUUUAUAUACCCCAAGGCCACAGUUAGUGAAGCAAUAGCAGCAGUCAAACAAGAUAUCAUCAGAUCUUUAGCUUCACGUUUCACAAUGCAUUGUGAUGCACUUAUUGAUGACAAUUUGUUGCCGGAAGAAAAGGUUUGUUUUAAUGAGCCACCCCGUCGUGUGCUUGUGCCAGUUGGUUCUCUUUAUCUCUGCGACUAUCUUUUCCCGGGUGAAGCUCCAGCUGAAGCUUUGCUCUCAGUCAAAGAACUUUUGGACUUGCAAAUCACUGAAAGUGAUGUUGUUUGCGAUGUUGAAACACCAGCAGAUACCUCGGAGUUUGAUGCAUUGGACCAUGAUACCAGUAGUGAGGAACUUCUAGCAACACCUCAAGAAGCUAGCCAAUUUAUGUAUAUUACAGGAAUUUGCUUCGCAAUGUUUGUCCUUGUAGUGUCAAUCUUCAUACAUUAUUAUGAUGCUAUUAUUCAAUUUAUCAGCCAAUCCCUCUCAAGGUCU